AUGAUAUCUCAUGCUUCAAAAGUUCACAAUAAAAGCUAGCAUUUCAUUAAACUAGGAUAUAUGUUGAACUUCUAUGGAAAUUAAUAGCCUAUAGAACUGAUUUAGGAUAAACUUACUAGCCAGUAUCCUCGAUUCUACGAGAAUUGCAAUAGCCGAACCUCGAGAUUGGGGGGUUUUCAUGACUAAUACUCUGCCUAUUUUAACACCAAGGGUUGCCUGAACUAUAAAUGGUCCCAUGUAUAUCGAUAAUAGUUCUAGCAAACUAAUGCCUAGAUACCUUUAAAAUCUAUAUUAGCGAGCAGAUCAUUUGGCUAAUUGAAUAAAUCUGAUAAUCAUCAAAAUGGAAAUCGAUAUUUCAAGGAGGAAGGUUUUCGAAAGCUCGGUUUUUUUGAAUAAACCGUCUACGAAUAUGCAGGAAGCUGCUACAAUCAAAUUCAUAUUAAAGGAGUCAGAAUAAACUUCGAAACUUUGCUUGAAACCUCAAAACUUCUCGUGAAAAAACAUAAAUUUUUGACAAUGUCUGUGAGAUCUAUUGAAGAUGGCAAAGCUGAAUGGGCGGAAUUAAAUGAAUUGAAUUUCAAUGACAUUCAAGAGUUUAUUAUUGAAGAUGAUAGUUAAUUCAAAAGUAAAAUAAAUGAGCUGAACAAUUAAAAGCUUGAUUACUAGAAUCUACUUCUAAAAAUUUAUCUUCUUCAAACUCCAUCUUAGAGUGUGAUCCUUUUGGGUUAUCCUCAUUGUUAGGGCGAUGGAUUAGGUGGAAUGAUUUUGAUAAAUGACUUCUUGACAAUAUACAAUUAUUUGAGAUCUGGAAACAUUUAAGCUUUAGAAACUAUAGAAACUAUUUAACCUUUACCUAAUGUUGAAGAUCUAGCUUUUCCAGAAGGGAUCCCUGAAAAAGAGCAAUAUUGA